UGACUAAGAGAGGAAGGCACAGAAACAAGGUGCUUCACACAGGUUGCACAACUGCUUUGUGUGUGCUAUUGAGUGGUUUGAAGAAAAUAGACCAUAAGGUUUAAUACACUUCAGACUGAUGAAGCAAUGCUGGAUAUGACUUGUAAAGGAGCUGUAAAGGAUGAAUGAAAUGAGAGACUAUGGCGGAACAAACAGCAAAGAGCGAUGUGAGGAAUGGUCUGCGGAAUGAUAUUCCAAAACUGCAGUCUAUGCUGGCAAAACUUAAUCUAAAACACAAACAUCCCAAAACAGACUGUGUUAAAUUACAUCCAGAAACAGCCUGUAAAAGUGUGUUUUACCAUUCUCUGGAGCCUGAAGAAGGAAUAAAAAAUGAAGAAGACAGGAAAGAUAGCAAAGUCAGAUCUGACGAGGAGCAAGCAACUAGGAUUUCUGAAACAAAACAUGGAAAUGAAGCUGUUGAAGAGGUCAAAGAGCUUCCAGAUGCGUUUCCUAAAUGGGAGAGGAAGAGUUUACUCCCUGACUCUAUGUCUAUAGAAACCCAGGUGGCAGAAUUAAGUUGUCAGCCAAGAGAAAGUGAGUCUUUGGAGGACAAAAUGAGCAAAGAGAAGGAAGAGCAUGUGGCUGGAGCAGCAUUAGUGCCUAACAAUCAAUCUCAAGAAACAUCUGCACACACAUCUUUAAUCUCUGUGUCCUCUGAUAAAGUAAACUCUGCACAGGUGGGGUUGAAGCAUGAACCACUAGAUGAAGCUUGUGGUGGUCCUUCAAAACCAGUCAGUAUGGAUACGAGCAGGGUUCUAACCCAUCAAACUGCUGUGAAUGUUAGAGGCAAGACAACAAGGUCCGCUUCAGAUCCUGUAGCCCGCAAGCCUAAGGAAGAGAGACCCCUCUCAGCUCCAAGUAUUUCAAACCUACGGGAAUAUGAAAAGUAUGAAGACUUUACAAAUGCAAUGCCAGCCAAAAGCAUCAGCAAAGCUGCUAAGUAUUCAGGCAUGAGCAUCGGAAAUGUGGAACAGGACAACUCGCUCACCAAAACCCAAAAGAAAGGUGUGAAAAACAAAAUGAAGAAUCUUACUCAAAAACUGAUGGUAAAGUUUAAAGAUAAACAUGAUUGUGAGCACACUGGCAGCAAGAGCACCCAAGACAGCGUGGAAGAAGAAGAAGGACAAAACCUGAAGUCCAUGGAGGUGGAAGCCGAGGCUCAAGAUAUUCCACCACCACUUCCAGCAAAAAUGGGGAAAUAUGUUUUCUUAGACAGAAGAUUUACCCUAAAAGACUUCAAACUCAAUCUUGAACCGAUCAACUUAAUGGAAGAAAUAUUCGCAGGCAGCGAAUGGCUCAGUUACUUGCCCAUCAAAGAAAGUCCAGCUGAGAAAGACACUAGUGAUCAAUCAAUGACAAAUGAUGUUCUACAACCAGAAAAGGACAUUCAGCUCGACGCUCCUCUUCCGACACCAGAGCAGGACCAGUCAGAGGACACAAAGACACCAGAGCAGGACCAGUCAGAGGACAUAAAGACACCAGAGGAGGACCAGUCAGAGGACACAAAGACACCAGAGGAGGACCAGUCAGAGGACAUAAAGGACAAUCAAGACAGUGUUAGUGAUCCUCAAGAGGACAAUGUAGCAAAAGCGAACAGUGACUUGGAUGUAAAACAAGUGGAACGGGAUGCAAACAUAUUUGCUAUACCUAAGGCACUGCUAACAAAUAAUGCAAUACAACAAAGGGCUCGUGAGUCAUACAAAUCAGAUGACAUCUAUGACUGUGUAGACAUGUAUAUUAUUCCCAAAAAUGACUUUCCAUUAAUGAAAAGAAAGGCAUCAGAUGCUCCGCUGGACUUUUCAGUAGUGAAGUCCUUUGAAUUGCUGGACAACUCUGCCCUCAAGAGUCGAAUUCGUCUUAGCAAGAGACACCACCAACCACCUAAAAAGCACAAAAAAGUAAAAACAGAAACGUUGAGCGCCAUAUUCUACAAGAUUCCCCCGGUAAUCCUGAAUGAAUCUCCUGUCAGCACAUCUCCACCACGUCACAGCAUCCCCUUUUCCACAUCUCCACCUCUGCGUUUACCGUCACAUCCAUACCACUUCUGACCUGACCGUACCAGAUCUAUCAUCUGCAUUUGUCAGAUUAAAAGAUACCUCGACUGUAACGACUGGAAAUUUACUGGUGUGCAAAAGAUGGGGGACAUUACAGUAGAUAAUCCAUUUACUAAAAAGAACAAAUCUUUUUCACAUAAUUAUUUUCUUAAUAAUUUUAAUUUUCAAAAAGUUAUUAAUAUAAUGAUUUGCUAUGUCAAUAUACACAUUUGGUUUUACUACUGAAAUGAAUAAUACACCUGUUCAUUCACCACUGUUGAUUAACUGUAAAGUGCAGUAAAUUAUCAGUCUUUUUCCACAGUCCUUAUUAUUAUGCAAUUAUGCAAAAUAUCAUGUAAUAUUAUCAUGUAAUAUCAUGUGUGUGUCUUUUGCUGUAUUUAGAUUCCACUAAUGAAUUGUAAUGAAUUGUAAAUCACCAACAUGUUUUAAAAUGUGUUUUCAUUUCCAUCCGUUGAGUUGUUUAUCACACUCCCUGAAUUCAGUUUUGUGCUUAAUGUGCUCAUGAGAAUGAAUGAAAUACUGUAUUCAAGUGUUCCUGGAUGAAUAUCCUUAUCUAUUUAACCUGGGCCUUUUUGUAGCAUAUAUAUUUGGAUUAAUAGUUUAAGGCAAAUAGAUUUUAUAUAAAAUCUUUUUUUAUUAAACCGACACAAGUGGUGGCCAAAAUGAUUAGAACACUAUUUUCACCAGCUAAAAGUUUUAAGUUUAAAUGUAUUUCUAUCUUUUUUUUGUAGUGUGUCAGUAGGAAAUAUCAGUUUACAUUUCCAAACAAUCAUUAAUUGUAAUAAUCCAGUGAGAUUUUUGUCUGACAACAGCCAGUGCUCCACACAGAGAUCUGAUCUGAUCAUCUUCCAGUCUUGUCUGAAUGACAUGAAGAAACAGAACAAACUGAGAGAGACUAAAUCCAGAAGAACUGUGGCAACGUCUCCAAGAUGCUUCAAGAAAUCUCCCGCAAGCAAGAAAUAACUGACUUAAAACCAUUUUUUAGCUGGUGAAAAUACCACUGUUCUAAUAAUUUUGGCCAAAACUGUGUUACAUUAAGGAUAGUGAGAUAAAGCCAUCUUUCCCCUGUAUUUAUAUACUUAUGGUGGUAACCAUACUGUCCCCAAAUCGCUCCUCAAUCGCUUGGUUAUCGGAGCAAUCGUGUCAUUAUUAUUUUUACCAAAAGAGGGCGCUGAGGAGAUUUACCUUUAUAACCAAUAAUUAAAUGACACUCCGCUAUCGGUUUCAAGGUACAAACUAUUAAAUGUUUCAUUAAAGUAAUACUGUUUGUGUGUAUUAUAAACAAAACAUCAUUCAUUAUAAUUACAAUUAUGAUAUUAAUAUAUCAUUCAUUAUAAUUAUGAUAUUAAUAUAUGGAACCCCCCCCCCCAAAACCCAUAAUAAAAUAUAUUAUUCCUGUUUUUAAUUCGUAGAUCACAAGUGAGAUUUCAAUGAUAUUUUGAUCUAGUAAAUCUCGCCGGUUUCAAUUUGAUAAAUCUGGUCUCCUAAAUAUUUACAAACUCUUAAAAAUAAAGGUUCUUUAUUGGCAUCAACGGUUCUAUGAAGAACCUUGAACAUCCAUGGAACCUUUCAAAUGCAGAAAAGGUUCUUUAUAUUCUAAAAAGGUCCUUUAUAUUAUUACAUUCUUUAAAAUGUUUAAUUUAGGAACUUUUCACUGAAAGGUUCUUCUAGGCAUCACUGCAAAAACACCCUUUUGGGACCUUUAUUUUUAACCCGUUUAAUCCCAAAUUUUUCCCAGACAUGAAAAUAUCCAAAUUAUGUGUCACUAGUAACCCAUUGAAAUAAUCAAUAUAUAUAUAUAUUUUUUUUCUUUUUUCGGAAAUGUGUGUGAAAAAUGGUGUUUUAUGGUAGGUCACAAUUGUGACCGGUGGGAUAAUGUGUAGCCUAUACUGAAUUAACAUAUUUCUGCAGUCAUAAAAAUUGUGAUAUAUCUUAGCCCAGCUAUUUUAAACUGUUUGAUCACAUUUUAGGGCUACUAUUAUGCAUAAAAAACCCUUAUACAACAAUUGUUAUAUUAUUGCUACCAGUAUUACAACAUCAAUAUUGUAACUUAUUUGUAACAUUUGAAUUUUUAAUUUAGUGCAAUAUUUUGUCAUUGCAACAUUUUAGUGUAAUUUUCCCUAACAACUGCCAUUGGAUUUGUAUUGUAUACCUAAGUUCACUGUUAUCCCACUAUUGUGACCAUCAAGAUGUUUACUCAUUCUAUGACCACACUCAACAAAACUGAAUAUAUGCGAACGCAUAUAUUAAUACCAGACACUUUAAAGAUAAUGUGUACAAAAAUCUUUGUCAUAUCUUUAUGUUAACAUACUUUACUAGC